AUGAAUAUUGACCAAGAACAAUUAGAAACCUGGCUAGCAGAAGUAGAAUUAGUAUCUUAAAAAGUAAAAGAACUAUCAAAAAAAGAAGUGAAUAUAAAAGAAUUUGAUUAAAAAGAAGAAUAACUAAAAAAAAAACGUGAAUAAAAAAAAAAUAAUGAUGAAGAUAAAGAACGUUAACAUCGUUUAGAAGAAUAUGAAAAAAAAAAAUAAGGUCGUUCAGGUAAGGGAAAUGAAAAAAAUUAUUUAAAUUUUUGCAAGGCAUGCUUUUGGGAAUAUGAAUUACCUACACCAGAAUGUCUUAGAUGUUAAAAACCAACAUAAACAUAAGAAGAAAGAUAUAAUUAUUUACUUAAAAAAGUAAGCGAAUAUAAAUCCGAUAAAGCCAAAAAAGAAGAAAGAAAAAAAAAAUGGGAAUUAUGGAAAAAAACAGAAGCCAUGUUAUGGAAAAAAAAUACUACUAAUUAUUCUAAAUGGGACUAUUAUGUUUCCGAUUCAGAUUCAGAAAAAGACGAUGAUCCUGUUUUGCCUAAAAAUGAUCCCAAUUUCAAAGCUCUGGAAUAAGAUAUAAAUUAGAGGGCAAAAAAAAGAAACGAAGAUCGUAUAAAAGCUGAAAAUUUAAAAGAACAAGCUAAUUUAUUCAUGAAAUAAUAAGAUUAUAAAAAAGCCGUUGAAAAAUAUACUGAAGCUUUAGAAAUAGUAAAAGAUAUGAAAUGUUUAUGGACAAAUAGGGCUUUAGCCUAUAUUAAAUUAUAGAAAUUUUCGAAAGCAAUAGAUGAUUGUACAAGAGUAAUUGAUUAUUGUGAUUGUUUUGAAGAAGGAUUUACUAAAAGUAGAGAAUUUGCAUAUAAAGCAUUUUUCAGAAGAGCUUUAGCAAAAAAAGAAAAAAAGACUAUUUAUAAUCUUUAUAAGAUGUGGAAGAAGCAAUUAAAUUAUAUCCAAAAGAUCACUAAAAGCCCUAUAAAAUACUGA